UACAUUUGCAUCACCAUAUAUUCCAACACCAUUUGUAACCAGAUUUUGAGAAACCUUGUUCUUUCUACGAAAAGAACAUGCAGCGAGUUGAAAACAGUACCGCCUAAGAAGGUCAAACGCUCUGAACCAAUCACAGACGGGGAAAAUUUGUUUACCCGUUGCAUCAUGGGUAUACAGUUUCACCUUUUUCUUUAAAGCAUAUUGUUAACUAUUUAUCUAACAAGGAAUGAAUUAAAUCAUGUAUGUAUUAACAUCUGUAAAUAAAAGUAUUAUAUCAUAUUGCAAUGCAGUCUAACAGCAGUGAUUCGAAAAUGUGUGUUUUUGGUUGGCGGUGGAAUUGUGGGUAAUAUGCAAAUGAAGUGGGCUGUAAGGCUGCAAAACGUAAGUUCUUCGAAAAUACCAAAUGGGAUGUAAGGUGCUUAUAUUCAGUUUUGUUAUUUUUGCUUAGCCGGAGGGAUUUACUCAGUUUUUCAUCUGUUUCACGUUUCUGGAUAAAAGUAUAUGUGGGCGGUAUGGAUUACGGAGUUUUACAUGCAGAGAGAGAGAAGAUACAGCGGGAAAUCGCUGCGCUCGAACAGAGUCUGGAUGCGAGAUCUGACGACGUCGACCUGCUUUCGUCGGAUUUGGAAGAAACCGAGGAUGAGUCCGACUUCGAGAAAGAUGAAGAUUCAGAAAGCAGUGGGCAUCAGUGGACAGACCUGUCCAACAAAGAGUCUUCCACCAAGAUGCCAAAGACUCAGAGAGCAAGAGAGAGAAUCAGUCUUGGCUCAGGAGAUGCUCCUAUAGACUCCAGGUUUCAAGAUGGAGCCAGUGCUGACAUAGGGGUGUCUCAGGGGACAAGUGGAGAUGAGAGUGAUGAAGACCUCGGUCUGCCCGAAGACGCAGAGACCUGCUUGCAGAUGAACUUGGUCUACCAGGAGGUGAUUGAGGAGAAGCUUGUGGAGCUGGAGAGGAUGCUGAGCGAGAACAGAGAGCAGCAGAAUGAAAUCCUCAUUGAAGUGUCUGGAGCAUCAGUACCAAAGCCCACUUCUAAUGAUUUACCUCCAAUGAAACUGCACCUGGGCAGCUUCCUAAAGCCUUACUUCAGGGAUAAGUCUACUGGUCUUGGGCCACCAGCUAAUCCAGAAAUGAGAGAAAAAAUGUCACAAGGGAUGAAGACCUUUGAAGAUUUGACAGCUAAAAGAUGGCUGCCCUGGCACAAGGCCCUUCUGCAUUCGGCUGUGGUGAAUGACAGCAGGAAGCGGCUCCAGCAGCCCAAACUGUUCAAGAUUGAGUACAUGACCCAGAAGUUACAAAAGGCCGAGAACAUGGAGAAGCAAAUUCUGGAAAAGCAAAUCGAACAGACAGAGCGGGAAAUUGAUGCGAUCAAUGAGAUGUCAGAUGAACAGCUGGUAGGCAGUCGCUUAGGUGAGCACGACUGGGAAAAGAUUUCAAAUAUUGAUUUCGAAGGGAUGCAUAAGGCAGACGAUAUAAAGAGGUACUGGCAAAACUACGGGCAUCCAUCUAUCAACAAGUCAAGCUGGAAAGAAGAUGAAAUUGAGAGCCUGAAGGAGAUAGCGGCGAAGUACGACUGCUGUGAUUGGGAGAAGAUUGCUGAGGAGCUGAAGACGGACAGAACUGCCUACAUGUGUCUGCAAGCAUACCAGCUUUACAUUAACAAAGGUCUCAGGAAGAAGUUCUGGACAAAGGAGGAGGAUCAGAUGCUGAAAGAUCUGGUGGAAAAAAUGAGGAUUGGGAGCUACAUCCCCUAUACUCAGAUUUCGUAUUUCAUGGAAGGGAGGGAGGCGUCUCAGCUGGUGUACCGCUGGACACAGUCUCUGGAUCCUUCCUUGAGAAAAGGACCUUGGACAAAGGCUGAAGACGAGAUGUUACUGCGGGCUGUGGCGAAAUACGGCCAUCGAGACUGGUGGAAAAUUCGGGAUGAAGUCCCGGGCAGAAGUGAUACCCAGUGCAGGGACAGAUACUUAGACAGUCUGAGUGAAGAUGUGAAGAAAGGCAAGUGGAGCCCAGACGAAGAACAGAAACUCAUAAUGCUGGUGGAGAAGUAUGGAGUCGGGCGCUGGGCUAAAAUUGCAUCCGAGAUUGAAAACAGAGUAGAUUGCCAGUGUUUACAAAAAUGGAAACUCUUAACAAGACCUAAGAGAAGACAGGCCAAAAAGAUGGAGCCCACCCAGAGGAAGAGGAAGAGAAGAAGGCAUUCGUCUAUGAAGUGGAAACCGCCGAGCUCCGAGUUCGAGGACUCGGACGAAUGGGGGGCUGCGAGCUCUGACCCGGAGAAGUCAGACAGUCAGGAGGACAGAGAGAGCGAAGUCAGUGAGGAGAAGGAUGAGUACCACAUGCCGAGUAUCGAUCUCUGGAUCCCCACGGAGCCAAAAAGGGCAGAUGACACCCAGCUUUUGUGGAAGCCAACAGUGAUAUCCAAAUCAGAGAAAAAAAACCAUCCCCCCCCACAUUCCACUCCUGCGCAUUCUUCAGACCCACAGCACGUUGCCGGUCCUACCACUACUGCCAAGAAUUGCACCGUCAUCGGGGAUGUGCAGCAGGUGUCGAGUAGCAAGACAAACACCAGCUCCACGCUGCUGGAAGAGACUUCUCAGAGUGGAAACAAAAUGCUUAAGGUCACUUACAAUCAAGUGAGGAAUCUCCUGAGAAGCAAAACCAAGUUUCAGCACACAGUGACUAGAACAAAAAAACCGCUGCAGAAAAAGAAGGCAGAAGCUGAAGAGGCCCUUCAGAAGAGCCAGGGCACAAAGAGUUUAGCCAAAAUGGGGAAACAGGUGCAAAACUCUGCGCUCAAUGAAAAGCUGCUGAUAGCUGUAACCCCCUGGGUGGGCAACGUCCUAAUGCCAGCAGAUCUAGACCGGCAACACAAGCGCAGAGAAGCUGAUGUCAUCAGAGAGAAAGCGGAGGACAUUGGCCUCACCAGCACUCCAGUCUUUACUCUGCUUAUUAAAGUUCUUCACAUCGAUGCAGAAGGUUGCAAGAAAGUCAUAGAGGAGCGAAACAAAAUGGAGCCCUCAAAUAAUAAGAGCGCAAGUAAAGCCAUGCAAACGGUACCCCCUACCCAGAUGAUAUGCAAAAAUUCUUCACUUUUAAAUAGCACAAAAACUGUGGCCCAAAUCUUGUACGAAAAGCGAUUGAAAGAGGCCAGGAAGAAGAAGGAAGCUCGGAAAAAACAGACCAUGUUCCUUCCUGUCCUGAUGAUUCCCCAGACCUUUGUGAUACAACAGCCCUGGCAGCAGGCGGCGCAACCUGUCAUGCCCUCUACAGCAGUGGCCUCCACGUCAUCUGCUUCAAAGCCCACUGCUGUCCCGAGUGAGAAAAUGGGAUGCGCUGUAGAGACCAAGAAAUCAUCAGAAAGAUCACUGGCAUUGAAGGAAGAUGCGCAAGCUCCUAAAGGGAAACCAUCUACCAACCCAUCAGUACAGGCGAUGCCACAGAAGAAUGAGUCUUGCUUACCUCAAGCUCCUGUCUUGCCAAAUUCUGUACCUGGAAACAGCCUGAACGCAAAUCAGGUGGCUCUGUCCCCAGCUGCAGGUAGCCCUGUUCUACCUGUGCCCAUUACUUGGAUAAUGACUCCUCAAGGCCUGCUACCAGUUUGCUCACAGCCUGUGUUAGGUGUAGCUAAUUCUCUUCAAACACCCAUCGUUGUGAGCCAGCUAGGACAGCAGACAUCCACUUCCCCUAAUAGUGUUUUGCCUGCAACAGGACUAAAUGCCACUGGCGGCACUGCAAGCCUUGCUGUGGCAACUACUAACACUUCACCAGCUCCUGCGAUUUUACAGACAGCGACCGUCAAAUCAGCUGAUACAGUUUGCACAAGCCAGCCAUUGAGCAAACCAUCCAGUUCUGCCUCAGCUGCAAGCUGCAUUCCGUCUAUCACAGCCACUUGUACAACAACCACUGUUUCUGUCCCAGCUGGCAGCAGUGUUUCACCCACUGUCAUUCCCUUGGCAACCACUACACAAACUGCAAGUCGAGUAUUUAGACCUAUUUUGGCUGUCCAACAGGGCGUAAGUGUGAUAAAUGGUGUCCAGCCAAGCUUACAGAAAGGCACUGGCAACCUUCCUACUGACAGUGUACCCUCCGUUCCCAAGUUGUUACCUGCAGCUCAACCUCAGGUCAAUACGCAGCAACAAAGUGUCCCCCAUUCUCAGCCCUCCCAGACACCUGUGACCUCAGACUCGUCUCCAAAGCACACAGCCUCCUCUCAAAAUUCAGCCUCCAAGGUGGAGAGAGCAGUUCUGGACCUCAACCUCAUGUUUCUGGAGGAAGACAGCCAAGUGAACGAGUGGCUGACUGGAAAAGGGGGAGUGCAGCUCCCCAACUUGAACGUCUCUCUGCCCUACUUGCCUCCUUUCGUGUGUACCUUGAAAAACCUCUCCUGCCUCCUCUCCCACAAGAAGUCCUUGGAGAAGAACGCCUCGGCCUUGUUGGCCAAGGACCGCAGGGAAGAGCCAAGCCCGAGUGGAGAAGUGGACAUGGAAGCACUCCGGAGGGUGGUUGCAGAGAAACUCGGGAACAAUCCAGCCUACCUCCUCCUGAAAGCUCGUUUCCUGGCAUGCUUCACUCUGCCAGCUUUCUUGGCCACCAUCCCCUUUCUCAGCCAGUCUGAGUGCCCUGCUAUGUUGUCCUCCUCGGACAGCGACUUCGAGGAGGACGUGGAGCGCAGAAACGACGCACAGCCUCCCACUUCAGAAGAGCCCAAGGAAGCAGAUCUGCAGUGUGUGAAUGAGGCCAGGCCUGAAGUGAACCCAUCCCUCCUUUCCACUGAUGGUGCUGUUGCCAACGAAUUCAAGGGAAUGACAACAAGAAGAAGGAGCCGCUUCCUGAAAAGAGUGUGAAAGCAGCGCUGAUUCCUAACUUGGUUCACUCUGGUGAUUUCAGACUUCUGCUUUGGACGCACAUAACUGAUACACCUUCAAAGAAACAGGGAAUUAACAAGACAGAGGCACAGAGUUCACCAUGGUGCUGGAUUAGUUGAGGUAGAAUAAUUUUAAAAUGGGUCACAGAGGUAGGGUCUGAGGUAGGGGCCUUCAUACAAGAGAUUACACCACUUAACCUUCUAUUACUGAAUUUAAAAAAUAUAAAUUAUAAAUCAUCAUAAAAUUAUAUACAUAAAGCAGCCUCGUAAAACAAUCUGUAGGGGAAAUCAUUUUGUUUUUCUUAUUAGUGAAAUAUUAGACUUCAAAAGAUAAGGGACAACAAACAGAUGGUCUACAAAGUUUUGAUCUAAUUUCCUGGCUACCUAUACAUCAGGAAAACGAAAAUAAUUGCAAUAUUGUUCAGAACCUCUUUGCAUCUCUCUGUUUGAGAAAGCAUCCAUUAAGUAAAAUACUUUGAAAAUAUCCUAGAUGUGUUAACUUUGUUUUUUGUAAUGUUUUGCUUUGUUCUGAUGUUGAAGGCAGAAAAGCCUGGUGGUGUUCUGUACACUGAAUUUUGUCUAGCUUUUUUUGAAGAAUGUAGUGUUAUGCUGUCACUGAAUAUAUGGAGUAUGUUGUAUAAUUCUAUAUAUAUUGUAAUAAAUGUUAAAGUAUUUUGGAAUAAACAUUUUUAUCACUUAAUAGUCCUGACACUUUAAUGCAUCGUAGCCUUUAAAAAAGGUUUCAGGAAUGUAAUUUUGUAAUAUAAUGUCAUGUGUAGUUUCUUUCCAAUAACUACUAUCCCUUAUGUAUUUAUAUAUAUAUAUUUAUGAGAAAUAAGUAAAACAUAAACAUUAUAUUAAAGAUAAUUUUGAUAGACAAUGGUAAUUUUCAAGUGCAACUUUUUUUUCAGUGAUGAUUUUGAAAAUUCUUUUGAUUUCCUUUUCCAGAAGUAUAAAAAAGCAUAUAUAUUUGGGGCUUUCCCUCAUAUGUCAAAGGAGGAUAUCUACAUAUAAAGUGAUAAUUAUACCCUGUUGAUGUUAAGCUAACACUAUCUUGUAAGAUAAUGCAUUGUAACCAGCUCAUAUUUGUGAUUGCCAUACUUUUUCAUUUAUAAAGUGCCAUAAAUCUUUAAAGAGCAGUGCUAGAAAAAAACCUUAUCACAAAAUUCCCACAGGCCUGUAAAUAUUAAAUGAAUAAACACUUGUUAGAGUA